AUGCCUGAGAUCGCCGAAGUCGCGCGGACAGUGCACUACAUUCGCAAACUUCUCGUCGGCAAAACACUGGGCAAAGUCGUGGCUACGGAUGACAACAUUGUCUAUGGUAAAGCAGGCACCUCGGCAGACGAGUUCCAAAAGCAUAUGACUGGUAAGAAAGUGGUCGAUGCAGGCCAACAAGGAAAAUACUUCUGGAUCAUAAUGUCCAGCCCACCUCACCCAGUCAUGCACUUCGGGAUGUCCGGAUGGUUGAAGUUCAAGUCUGAACACACAUACUACUACCGACCCAAAGAAGGCGAAGAGAACGAACCCUGGCCGCCAAAGUUCGUCAAAUUCAUGCUUGAGACGAAGCCGGAGAAUGGGGAAGAAGUUGUUGAAGCUGCGUUUGUGGAUAUGAGACGGUUGGGAAGAGUCAGACUGGUGGACUGCCCGGCCGCAGAGAUCCGAAACGUCUCGCCCUUGAAAGAAAACGGGCCAGAUCCAGUCGUCGACAAAGACAUUGUCACCGUCGAGUGGUUGAAGAAAAAGUGCAGGGCGAAAAAAGUCCCCAUCAAGGCCAUGCUGCUGGAUCAGGCCAACAUCAGUGGGAUCGGAAAUUGGGUCGGCGACGAGGUCAUGUACAAUGCAAAGAUCCACCCUGGACAGUACGCCAAUACAUUGACGGACGAACAAAUCACCCAGCUGCACAAAUCCAUUCACUAUAUCUGCAGCACCGCGGUUGAACUGUUGGGCGAUUCCGAAAAGUUCCCCGACGACUGGCUGUUCAGGCACCGGUGGGGCAAGGGAAAGAAGAACAACUCCAACACGAUGCCCAACGGCGAGAAGAUCGAGUUUCUUACCAUCGGUGGACGCACCAGUGCUGUUGUGCCCUCGAUCCAGAAGAAAACCGGGCCUGUGGUGAAAGAAAUGAGCGAGGCGGAGGUGAUUGAUGAUGCUGGCGAACAGCCAAAGAAAUCGAAGGGCAAGAAACGGAAAGCCGCCGCUGCGGAAAUCGAGAGUGAGGAGGAAGUGAUGCCAAAGAAGACUACCGCCAGAGGCAGGAAGUCACUUGGGGAGGACGGGCCGAAGGAAGAGGUCAAGACAGAACCAGAUGUGGACACGAAACCCAUUAGACCCAGCAAACCUACAAAAGUAGGCAAGAAACAGCAAGAGAAGUCACCUGGCACAGAGAAGAAAGCCACCGCCACCGGUCGCAAAAAGGCAACAUCACCUGCUCCAGUGACAAAUGGUACAGGGAAAAGGCGAUCAGAUCGCUUCGGAAAAUCUUGA